AUGACGCCGCCGCUGUCGGGGAACGCCUGCGGUAGCACGGCCUUGCUCCCAAGUCGGCGUUGCGCGGCCCCGCAGCGAUCACUGAGGACUUCCGACCGCGCGACAGUCUCCCACCGCGUCAGGAUGGCGGCGUCGAAGAGCUCAUACAGCGUCGACAUGUCCCUGAACCCCAGGCUCGCCCUGGUGCAGCCCUCGAAGACGAUGGCUCUCACGGACCUCGCGAGGCGGCUCAAGGAGGAGGGGAAGGACGUCAUUGCGCUGGCGGCCGGAGAGCCGGACUUCGACACCCCGGAGGCCAUCUCGGCCGCGGGCAUUGCAGCGAUCAAGGAAGGCUACACGCGCUACACCCCGAACGCUGGCACGACGGAGCUUUUGCUGGCCAUCGCGGAGAAGCUCGAGCAAGAGAACGGCAUCUCGUAUGAUCCCAUGACAGAAAUCGUGGUGUCGAACGGCGCCAAGCAGUCCGUCUGGCAGGGCGUGUUCGCGACGGUCGCCGAGGGCGAUGAGGUCAUCAUCCCGGCGCCGUACUGGGUCUCGUACCCCGAGAUGGCCCGCCUGUCGGGCGCGAAGCCCGUCAUCGUCGACACCACCGCGGAAGAGGACUACCUCCUCACGCCCGAGAAGCUGCGCGCCGUCCUGACCCCGCAAUCGCGUCUGCUCAUCCUCUGCACGCCCUCCAACCCCUCGGGCAUGGUCUACACCCGCGCGCAGCUCGAAGCCCUCGCAGACGUCAUCAGGGAGCACCCCCGGCUGCUGGUGCUGUCGGACGAGAUCUAUGAGUACAUCGUGUACGAGCCCGCGGAACACCACUCCUUCGCGUCGCUCCCGGGGAUGUGGGAGCGCACGCUGACGGUCAACGGAUUCUCGAAGGCGUACGCGAUGACCGGCUGGCGGCUCGGGUACAUCGCGGCGCCGCGUCCGUUCGCGCGGGCGUGUGCGAUCAUCCAGUCGCAGUCGACGUCCGGCGCGUCGAGCGUCGCGCAGCGCGCGGCGAUGGCGGCGUUCCAGUUCGGGCCGCGCGGGGGCGAGGAGGUCGCGGCGAUGCGGGACGCGUUCCGCAAGCGGCGCGACUACGUGGUGUCGCGGCUGCAGGCCAUCCCGGGCGUCAACCUCCCGGUGCCGCAGGGGGCGUUCUACGCGCUGCCGGACCUGUCGGCGUUCUUCGGGCCCGGGUGCACGGCGGACGGCUUCGGCGCCGUCCCGGACUGCGACGCGCUGUGCCGGUACAUUCUGCAGGACAGCCUCCUGGCGCUGGUGCCCGGGGACGCGUUCGGGUCCAACAGCACGGUGCGCAUCUCGUACGCGGCGUCGCUGGGCAUGAUCGAGAAGGCCAUGGACCGCCUCGAGGCCGCGCUCGCCAAGAUCCAGCGACCACAGUAG